GUUAGUCCAUUUGAGGGCAUUAAAGUCAUCAUGAAAUUGAAAAUAAUCUCUCCCAUGGAUGUAGUUUGGAUUUGUAUUUUUGUGUGUUAAUUAUUCUCAUCUUAAACAGGAAAGAGUGUCCAAACACACAGAAAAACUCCUGGUGAAGCAAUUGAGAUCCACGUGACACUAUUAUAAAGAUGGCAUUGGUUAAAGAGGAGAGUGAAGACAUGAAGAUUGAAGAAGUAUUCACAGUGAAACCAGAAGAUACCGAGGAACAAACAGAUCUGAUGGCACUGAAAGAGGAGAGUGAAGUACUGAAUGAAAUGAAAGAUCAUGAUUUGAUAACUGGAGAAAAAUCUUUUAGUGGCUCACAGACUGAAAAUACUUCUUCGCCAAAAAGAGUUCAAAAGACAGGAGCUGGAAGUUUUUUCACCUGCUUUCAGUGUGGAAAGAGUUUCAGUCAACACAAAAACCUUAAAGUCCACAUGAGAGUUCACAAUGGAGAAAAGCCCUACACCUGUCAACAGUGUGGAAAAAAAUUCACUGAAAAAGGAAACCUUAAAGUUCACAUGAGACUUCACACUGGAGAGAAGCCUUUCACCUGCCAACAUUGUGGAAAGAGUUUCACUCAAAAUGGAGCCCUUAAAAACCACAUGAGAACUCAUACCGGAGAGAAGCCUUACACCUGCAAACUGUGUGGAAAGAGUUAUAAAGCAGAAAUAAACUUUAGGUAUCACAUGCACAUUCACACUGGAGAGAGGCCUUUCACAUGUGAUCAGUGUGGAAAGAGUUUUACACGUAAAGAAACCCUUAAUUCCCACAAAAGAGUUCACUCAAGAGAGAACCGGUUUAUAUGUCAUGAGUGUGGAAGGAGUUUCCCUGACUUGAAACGUCUUAAUAGGCAUGUAAUAAUUCACUCUGGAGAGAAGCCUUUCAAAUGCCAGCUGUGUGAAAGGAGCUUCCGACUCAAUAAAGACCUGAAGACUCACAUGAGAAAGCACACAGGAGAGAAGCCUUUCUUGUGUCAUUACUGUGGCAAAACAUUCGGUCAUAAAGUAAGCCUCAAGACUCACAUGAGACUUCACACUGGAGAGAAGCCUUACACAUGCCCUCAGUGUGGAAAGAAUUUUACAUAUAAAGAUUCGUUUGAUUCCCACAUGAGAGUUCACACUGGAGAGAGCCCUCACACAUGCAAACAGUGUGGGAAGAUCUUCUCACAAAAAGGAAAUCUUAAGUAUCACAUGAGAAUUCACACUGGAGAGAAGCCUUUCACAUGUGAUCAGUGUGGAAAGAGUUUCAGGCAUAAAGUAACUCUUAAUAAACACAUAGGGAUUCAUUCAAGAGAGAACUGUUUCAAAUGUCAUCAGUGUGGACAAAAUUUCACAGACAGGAAACAGCUUAAGAAGCACGUAAUAAUUCACAUUGGACAGAAGCCGUUCAUGUGUCAUCACUGUGGAAAGAGUUUCACACUUAAAGGAAACCUCAAGACUCACAUGAGACUUCACACUGGAGAGAAGCCUUUUACAUGUCUUCAGUGUGAAAAAAGUUUCACAUAUCAAAGAGACUUGAAAAGUCAUUUACAAAGUCAUUCUGGGAAAAAAAAGUGUGACAAGAGGUUUAGAAAAAGAAGCAAUUUCAAACAUCACCUGCUCAUUCACUCUGGUGGAAGGCGAUUUAAUUGUGAUCAAUGUAAUAAAAAAUUUAUUUUGCCAUUACACUUACGGAUACACCUGAAAAGUCAUGCGGAUGUGAGACCCUAUUUGUGUUCCUUGUGUGGGAAGAGUUUUAAAUGGCUCGGCAGUUUAAAAUGGCACCAGAAAAUACGUUUCUGUGUAAAAUUAAGGCUUCGUUCACACCACAGCUAAGUGUGGGCCAAAUCGGAUUCCCCCUCAAAUACAGUAUAUUUGGUGAGGCUGUUCACAUGAAAUUUAACAUUUUGGCCCAUAUCAGAUAUUUAUCUGAUCAGGUGACACUCCUGUUAAACUUGACCAUGUCUUUUAUUUCUAUCCUUUAGUUAUUUAUAAUUUGCCUCGUAUAUUAGAUUAAUACUUUGGAAUCAAAAUAUUAGAUAAAUAAAUAAACUUUUGUCUUACUGUGAAAUCCCACA